AUGGUCUCUUACAAAGAGAUUCUGGCUUCUAAUGCUCUAAUCAACGAUGUCACCGCCCCUCGUGUUGCUGUCUUCGUUGGAGGUACAUCGGGUAUUGGGAAAUGCACUCUGAAGGCCCUAGUUGCCACGGGUGUCAGUGUGAGGAUUUAUCUUGUCGGGCGGAAGAAUUCUGAGGAGCGAAUGAGUGCUUUCAUCCAGGAGUUAUCCUCUGUCAAUCCCAAGGCUGAGGUUAUCUGGACCGAAGGCGAGGUCUCGUUGCUUGCAGAAACAAAGAGGGUAUGCGAGGAUAUCAAAGCUAAGGAGUCAUACAUCGACUUGCUGUUCCUUACCACUGGCUACGCACCUUUCGGCGCACGCGAGGAGACUCCCGAGGGCGUGGACAUUUCCCAGAGCCUGGAAUACUACACACGAAUGCUUUUCGUUCAAAAUCUCCUCCCUGUAUUGGCCAAGUCCGAGGCUCCGAGGGUUGUCAGUGUUUUGUGUGGAGGAUUGGAGUCGACGUCGUCGCUUAACUUGGACGACCUAGAUCUGAAGCAGCCUGGAAACUUUAGCAUCAUGAAGCUGCAGACACAUUACGGAGGCAUGACAACCAUGUUCAUGGACAAGCUGGCCGACGAAAACCCCAACAUCACAUUCGUCCACUCGUGGCCUGGGUGGGUUGAUACAGGCAAUAUCAGAAGAGGCUUGGGCCCUAGCACAAGUUGGAUCAUGGGCUGGAUUGUCUGGCUUGUCCUUGAGCCCCUUGUUCACUUGUUCUCGUUUAGUGACGAUGAGUCUGGACAGAGGCAUUUAUUCCAAAGUACCAGCGCUGCAUUUGGUGGGCGUGGUACGCCAUGGAAGGGCAAGUCGGGUGUGAACUCGAGGCAGAAGCAGACGAAUGGGCUGUUCCUUGUCAAUUUCAAAUGCAACUGUACUCCGAACGCGAAGGUCGUGCCUCUGCUUCGAGAGAAGGCACGGGGGAAAGUUUGGGAUCAUACCCAAGAAGUUUUCAAGCCAUAUUUGUAA